UUCCAAGGACACAAAUUCCUCUCUUCCAGUUGGAGUCCAGCCCAGCAGGGAGGACAUCGGUCUCCCGCAGUCUCACGUUUCGAACCCCAUAAGACAGAACAAAAAGGAAGUGCCAAAGAAAAUGCUGAGGCAGAUAUUUUAGGGAGAAAAGUUAGGGCGAGAGAGAGAUAGUGAGAGAUCUAAAACAGAGAUCUUUCUCCUUUCUUUUCCUGAAGCCAAAGUUGUGUAUUUUGGAUUGGAGGGUGAUGGCUGGGUACAGAGCUGAAGACGACUAUGACUACCUCUUCAAGGUGGUGCUGAUCGGGGAUUCGGGUGUGGGCAAGUCCAACUUGCUCUCCAGGUUCACUCGUAACGAGUUCAGCCUCGAGUCCAAGUCCACCAUCGGGGUCGAGUUCGCCACUCGGAGCUUAAAUGUGGAUGGAAAAGUUAUCAAGGCCCAAAUCUGGGACACCGCUGGCCAAGAAAGGUACCGGGCCAUAACCAGUGCUUACUACCGUGGAGCAGUUGGCGCACUGCUUGUUUAUGAUGUCACUAGGCAUUCCACAUUUGAAAGUGUUGAGAGAUGGUUGAGGGAGUUGAGAGAUCACACAGAUCCAAACAUUGUGGUCAUGCUCAUUGGUAACAAAUCGGAUCUUCGUCACCUUGUGGCAGUCUCAACUGAGGAUGGGAAAUCUUUUGCCGAAAGGGAGGCCCUCUUUUUUAUGGAAACUUCUGCUCUAGAAGCAACCAACGUGGACCAAGCAUUUGCCGAAGUUCUAACUCAGAUAUACCAUAUCGUAAGCAAGAAGGCCAUAGAGACUGGAGAUGAUGCAACAAAUUCAGCCGUUCCUUCCAAAGGAGAGAAAAUUGAUGUCAGUAGAGAUGUUUCUGCUGUGAAGAAAGGUGGCUGCUGUUCCACCUAGAGUUUUAAUUUGUGUGGAUGUGGCUGGUUUGUUUUGCUGCAUCUUCUUCUACGUAUACUUUGGUCGUGUAAAAUUUUUUCAGAUGCCUGCAGUAGGAGAUAGGCCCGAUAUGUUUUCAUUUGACUUUCAAUUGGUGAAGACUGAAAUUCUUUAGCUAUAAACUUGUGUAGGAACUGGGUUUUAUUA